CUGUGUCUAGUAAAAGGGACCACUUUGACGAUUCUAGUUUCCGAGUUAUAUGCAUUUUUACAAAAUUUGCCGAAAAUAUGUAAAAUGGAUUUUUGUUACUAAUCGGUUAUUAAUACCUUAAAUAUCAUUUUGUGUAAAAUAAUACCUGUAUAAUUACAAUAUUUCAAUAUCCUAAUAGGUCACGAAGUUUAGUACCAAGGGUACCACUUUAAGGUAAUAUUUUACAGGCGAAAUAUUUUGAUUUAUUUCGAUCGCUGUUAUGCAGGGAAGUGAAAUAAUAAGUUGAGGGUAGGAUAAGGGGGGCGGGGGGCGAAGAUUGGGCGGUAAGCGUGGCGCGGCGCGCGCGUCGCUCACUCAGUUAGCUGGCCGGCGCGUACUCGUACGCACAUGUUAGUUGAGCAUUGCCACGCGCCGUAAAACAUCGUGAUUUUUAUCUAUGCGAGCUGCGAAUAUACAUUGUGUUUAAGUACCAAGUUUAUAACGUCACAUUUCAUCAUGGAAGACGAUACUCAAAUUUUGUUUACUGAAUAUGAUGGCGAUCAGCAGCAAACACUACAAACAACAGCUUCACAUUCAGCACAGACAUCGACGACGAAACCAAAAGCACAACAUAAAGGCACUCAAACACGGGAAACUGAAAUAAGGUUUUCCAGUACGUGCUCAAAAAAUGAGAUUGUUUAUUCCACUCGGGACUUACCCCAAAUAAAUAACUAUCCCGGUCAGUGCAUUUCAGAUCCUCGAAACGAAGAUGUAGCCAGAAUAAUUUUAUAUGAGUUGGAGCGUUUGCCUGAAAAACACCGCAUUAGUGCUUUUGCCAUAAUUUUCAAUGAUAUAAAAAAAAUUCACGAUGAAGUGUCUUCUCAGCCUGUUGUUACUGAUAGCAAUACUCGUGUAAACGCUGAAGAGGCAAGGAAACGUGACUUACAACAAAGAGUUUUAAGAAACAUGGCGAGAGUGUUUGGCGAUGAGGAGUUAAAGUAACUUUUGUGUAGGUAUGUCACGUCUCACGCUCAAGUAAUAGUUACUUAAUAAAUUUUGUAGUCUCAUAUCAAUAGUGUUUCACCAAUUUUUUUUUUGUUAUAGAUGGAGCUUCUCAUGGAAAAUUGGAGUGUGAUUACGGUCAAUGCACAGACAUAGAUUUAAGAAAUUUUGAACAGGAGUAUUUAAAAUUCAUAAAAAAAAAUUCUGAUGAAGAAAAUCAUGAGCCUCCUAUCGAUGAUAGAUGCGAAAUAACUGGCGUUGAAUUAGUUGUACCAGAAGACCCAUCUCGUAAUUUUUUUUCUGAUACUGACGAUUUUCUCAACCAAUUGGAAAACCAUGAAGAACAACGGAUAUUUAUCGACGGUUGCGGCUGUGCUAUGUCAUGCCAAGAAAAAUUUCCCCGUGAAGCUGUGCUACAGUCCAGAUUAGAAUCACAGGAAAUGAAUACCAAAUGCGACCUAGGCCAUAAUCAUUUAAAUUUGUUUACUAUGGGUGCUCUUAAUGCUCUAACUCGUCAAGGGUCCAAUACUCUUAAAACAAACAAAAACAAAACAAAGGUAAGGAAAGCAGCUCAUACAACUUUUUUUUUUCAAGGCAUAGCUGUUUGUAAGAACUUUUUUCAGUUUGUUUAUGCAUUAGGGGAAAAAAGAUACAAAAAUAUUAAGAGCAAAGUACUUAAAGGAAAUUUAGCAACAGUGUCCUCUCCUCAUAAUUUCACGUUGAUAAGAACCAAUAAUGCCCAGCAAACAAUUGAUGCUGUAUUAUUCAAAAAAUCUUUCUCAGAACAAAAUUCAUUAGUCUUGCCAGGCCGCGUUCCAAGUUUUCAUAAUCCUGACUUACAUAUUUUACCCAGUUCAAUGAAUAAACGAUACGUGUAUGAUAAGUACCAAGAAGCGAGCAAAUUGUCCGAAAGAGAUGCUGUGAGUUUAAGAACUUGGUACAGAUUAUGGCAAACCUAUGCUCCAAA